AUGGUAGGUUAUGAUGAUUUGGUAGACCAAAUAUACAAUCUUUUGGGUUUAGAUCGGAAGCGCUAUAAGAUUAGUUUGAUAUAUCGGAGUUGCCUUCCAAAUGGCAAGUUUGGUGCAAUGCCUUUGGUGCAUGACAAUGGAGUUGCCGGACUAGGUGGUAGUAGUUCAGAACACAUAUCUUUAUUCCAGUCAGGCGGCUUUUUUGAGAGUCAAAUGACCCAAUUAGAUGUAGGUGAUGUUCAACCAAGGCAUAGAGGGCGAAGAAGGGGUAAUGGUCGGCGGAGUAAUAAUGAUCCUUCAAGUACAAGUGGUCAACCAAUAGAGCACACCUCAUCAUUUCAAACUCGAUGUACGGAUAUUGAAUCAUCUCCGAUGUUUGAUGCUCUACCAUCUACUGACAUUCAAUUUGUAGAUGUUGACAUGGACUCCGAACCGGAGCCCAAUCUUAGUGGUUCCGAUGAAGAGAACCACCAACAUGAUACCGAUCGACAAGAUGGGUAUUCAAAUCUUCCAAGUACGACCCAUGAUGACAUGGGUCGCAAUGCUCCUUGGAUAACUCGUGAGGGACCACAACUGCGUUAUGAAGCUGGUGUUGACGCAGCAUUGAAUUAUGACCCCCUUGAUGUUGGGGAGUUCAAAGUUCGUGAGAGCACGCCAACAACUUGGUAUGUUCGUUGUCGGGCUCGUAACUCUGUACCCCCGUGUAAUUGGCAGCUUCGUGCAACCCUGCGUAGCUCGCACAACAUGUGGAUGAUUGUCACACUUGCUGAUGCUUAUACAUGCAUCCGUGUCUGUUAUAAUAAUGACCAUCGUGGAUUGAGUAGCGACAUAAUUGCCGAACAUAUUAUUCCCCACAUUAUGAAUGGUCCAGUGUAUAAAAUCAAGGAAAUUCAAGCAUCGGUGAAACAGGAGUUUCAUUGCGAUGUGUCUUACAAGAAAGCUUGGUAUGCUAGACGUCGUGCCAUUGAUAUAUUAUAUGGGGAUUGGCCGACAUCCAUAUCACAGUUGCCAACCUACAUUCAGGAGUUACAACGGUCCAAUCCGGGUACGGUAGUUGUGUGGGACCAUCAUCCAUCGAGUACCCCUUCCAAUAUUAUUUUUGAUUAUAUAUUUUGGGCAUUUGCACCUGCCAUCCAAGGCUUUCGCCAUCUGAAACCGGUCAUAUGUGUGGAUGGUACCUUUUUGAAAGGACCUUAUCGGGGAAAACUUCUUGUCGCCGUAGGUUUUGAUGCUAAUGGUUCAAUGUUUCCCCUGGCAUAUGCUCUAGUUGAUGAGGAGAAUAAUCGGAGUUGGCAUUGGUUCAUGAGACUGUUACGCAUUCACGUGUGUGGUGACAUGCAGAAUAUAUGCAUUAUUUCUGAUCGUCAUCAUGGCAUCAUUAAUGCAAUGCGUACACUUGAAGAGUGGCAGGAGCCAUUAGGGGUGCACCGAUUCUGUUUGAUUCAUAUUCGGAGCAAUUUCAUACAAAAAUUCAAGAAUGAAAGGCUUAAAAACUUGAUGUAUGGCGCGGGUGUGGCGAAGCAGACACGUAAGUAUGAGAACUUCAUGAAUGUGAUUUUCUCCCUAAAUACGGAGGCAUAUGCAUGGCUAACGGGUGGAUCAGUUCGACCCGAGCAAUGGGCUCUGUGCAAAGAUGGGGGAUAUCGUUGGGGCCACAUAUCCACAAAUAUGGCCGAGUGUUUCAACAAUCUCUUGAGGGACGCUCGGUUGCUGCCAAUUACUACGUGUAUAAGAUUCACAUUCAAUCAAACUGUUGAUUUGUUCGUGAAGAAUCACAAGGUUGCAUGGGAUGAGGUAUACCGCCUCCCACAGAAAUCUUGGGAUAAAUAUGUCAAAAAUGAACAAAAAGGGCGGGCCCAUGCAGUUCAAGUGUUCGAUCAUAGGAGGGGUAUUUACUGCAUCACGACUGCCUAUCGACAAAGCCAUCAAGGAGGUAAUGCGCAAACCGUUGACAUUGAAAAUCGCACGUGCACAUGUGGAAAAUGGAGAGAAUUGCGCUUCCCAUGUUCACAUGCCAUAGCUGCGUGUUUAGGUGUGGCAUCUCCCCAUUGA